UCAUCUCGAUCCCAACUUCUUCUUCACCUGCAAUUUUGAUCAAAUCUUCGAAAAUGGCGAAGCUUUCGUGGAGGUCUCUGCUCCCCAGCUGCUACCGCAAUGGCGCGGAGGAGAAGCAGCAGAAGAAUAACAGGUCCGCCCCCCAGCCGAUAUCCUUCCCGCGGCUGGCCUGGUCCGACCUCAGCAGCUCCGGCGGCGUCCUCUCGCCGGAGGACCUCUCUACGUCCCUCCCGGGGUCCAACCUGCACAUCUUCACGCUGGGAGAGCUGCGCGCGGCCACGCAGGGGUUCUCCGCCGCCAACUUCCUCGGCGCAGGCGGCUUCGGGCCCGUGUUCAAGGGCUUCCUCGAUGACCGGGCGCAGACAGUGGCCGUGAAGCUCCUCGACUUGGACGGUGCGCAGGGGCACAAGGAAUGGCUGGCUGAAGUGAUCUUUCUCGGGCAGUUGAGGCACGAGCGUCUGGUGAAGCUGAUCGGAUACUGCUUCGAGGACGACCAGAGACUGCUGGUGUACGAGUUCAUGGCCAAAGGCAGCUUGGAGAACCACCUGUUCCAGAGUUAUAGCGCGGCCUUGCCAUGGUCAACGAGGUUAAAGAUCGCCAUUGGAGCAGCUCAGGGUUUGACCUUUCUCCAUGACAUCGAGAAGCCAGUGAUCUACAGGGACUUCAAAACCUCAAAUAUUCUAUUGGACUCGGAUUACAACGCAAAGCUGUCAGACUUUGGACUGGCGAAGGAUGGACCUGAAGGAGACGAGAGCCAUGUCUCGACCAGAGUGAUGGGCACUGAAGGAUACGCUGCACCGGAAUACAUUAUGACCGGCCACCUUACGGCGAUGAGCGACGUGUACUGCUUCGGGGUGGUGCUGCUGGAGCUGCUGGCAGGUCGGCGAUCGAUCGACAAGAGCCGGCCGCUGAAGGAGCGCAACCUGGUGGAGUGGGCGAGGCCUUACUUGAGCAACGCGAGUCGACUGCACCGGAUCAUGGACGCGAGACUCGACGGGCAGUACUCGCUGCGAGGUGCAGAAAAGGUGGCCUCGGUGGCGCACCAAUGCCUGAGCCGGCGACCGAAGUCUAGGCCGGUCAUGUCCGCCGUCGUCAAGAUGCUGGAGCCUCUCUUGGACUUGGACAGCACGGCGGCAGUGGCGCCGUUUGUGUACGUCGUGCCGACGGAUGGCACGACGGAUGAGAAGGACGACGACUGCGAGAAGGAAUUGGCAAAAAAUGAAGCCGAAAAGGAUGAGCCGCAACAUCGCCACCGUCAUCGUCACCAACACCAUCCUCGCCGCCGCCGCCACCGCCACCGCCACCGCCACCACGACAACGAUCAGGAUGACGAUCAUAUGCACGAGGUGAACUCCCCGAGAGCAGGGGAUCUGCAUGAACAAGGUGGUUCAUGAAUUGAGCAUGCUAAA